UUUCCAUUCAGUUUAGAAGAGUAGCGCAACGAGAGCAGUUGAUACAAUCUGUCGUUUAAGUCAUUCUAAGCUGAGUCUGAGUCUGGAGUUCUUUUGUGUGUAUAACUAACGUGGGCAGAAGCAGAAGUCACAAUAUGAGAAAUAAUUAUAAAGCGCUUCUACUGGCAUCGUUUGUGACAUGGUCGGGGGUGUUGUGCAGCACAGUGUUAGGCACCACAGAGGGCCAAGAAACACCUCUCGCACUUCCUGUGGCGGAGCAGACCCAGCCCACAACAGCUAUACAAGGAGAAGUAUGGGAGGAGGACGAUCACGAAGUGUUAAUAAGGAAUGAACGGGGCACCAAGAGCGACGGCUUGUCGUGCCGAUAUGGCAAGAAUCCGUGGACUGAGUGCGAUACAAAAACCAAUACACGUUCCAGAACCUUGACAUUAAAGAAGGGCGAUCCAGCGUGCGACCAAACGCGAACCAUUCAGAAGAAAUGUAAAAAAGCAUGCCGGUAUGAAAAGGGAUCCUGGUCGGAAUGCGCAACUGGACAAAUGACUAGAGCUGACAAAUUAAAAGCGAGCAGUGAUCCGUCCUGCGAAGCAACGCGUGUCAUUAAGAAGAACUGCAAGCCCGGAAAGUCCAAGGACAAGAGUGCCAAAGAACAGCGUAAGAACAAAGAUAAAGCUACUCGCAAAGGACGGGCUUAAGUGAUUUUAUACUCGAUAAUUUUAAAUGCCCAGUGUUGGUUUGCAUCACUCCGAUGCUAAAAAUUUAUGUUAAACUUAUUUUUAAUAAAUUUAUAACAAAAAAAUCGUAAUGACAUUAACUGUCGGCUAUGUAUACCCGAAAAGCAUUUUAAAUAAAUGCACAUAUUGAUUAAUGUUGUAGUUCGGUUUUCAAGCAAACGAUAAACUUAAUAUAAACGACAGUACGUUCUAUACUGUAAGACGUAAUAGCAACUUUGCGGAAUUUAACAUAUUUAUGCAAUGCAAAAUAAAAAUAUAUUCAUACAAUACCACACCUACAUAAAUACCAAAGUAUUUAGUUUUAUCCAAAAAUUAAAUCAUAUUUACAUUCAAGCCAACAUCCGUUAUUCUCUAAAAUUAUCCAAACUGGAAAGGCAUUUGCGUUUUCAAAAUAAAGAUUAAUUAUGAAAUGCAGCCUAUUAAAUUGUGUGACUGUUUAUACCACUUAAAAUAAUAGAAAAUGAAAAUGUCAACACCACUUCCAUCAAUUUAGCAGAGUUGAUCUUCAAUUGAAUUUAAAUAACAUUAACCGUAAAUCUAAGAUGAAAACCAAACAAUUAAUCUGAUUAUUGAUGUAAAAAUUUGGCAAAUAUCAGCUUCUGUGUCUGAUCUCUAAAUUCCGACACAAACAGAAAAUCAAUAUUGAAUUCAUAGAGGCAGUAAAAUCGUUUGUCAUUCGCAGAUAAUAAUAAAUGAAUAAAACACUUAGUGUAAAUAUUGUAAAAAUAAAAAUUUACUAUAGAAAAAAGGAAACUGAAAGACAAAGAAAAAGAUAUGACGGGUCAAGAUCACGGAUUCGUCUUAGUUGCAACGUAGGCGAUUGGCAUUUUAAAGUAGUUUACAACUCACUUUGUUUGGGUACAUUUAAAAAUUUGGAAAUACCAUUCCCAAAAUUAUUAUGAUAGUCGAAAUAAAUACAUACAUACAUACAUACUUACAUUCAUACAUAUUCUGAUCAAAAAUUGCACCAUUUCGAAGAUGUGGUUUACCUUUUAAAUAAACACAUAUAUAAACUUAGAACGUUAACUACGACUUAAUGUAUUUGUAUGUAAGCAGUUUUACAACCAUACCCGUGAAUUCAUAACUACAAAAUCAAGAAGAACAGCUCACUUACAUACAGCAUGCUGUUUCGUAAAAACAUCAUCGUUAGGGGCAGAAUUUAUCUGAGUCUUUUAAUUCCAUACGGAAGAGAAGGAAACAACUCCCUCAAAAUAAAGUGAAAUUUGUUUACGUACGUAUACAACAUAAGAAAAAAGUAACUGAACUUUAAUAAAUACAUAUAUUACGGAA